AUGGUAGCUUCGAAGAAGUUGGUGCUCGGAAGAUUGAAGAGUUUCCCUAAAGGGACCUCACGUGGAAGAGAUGGAUUUCGUGCGCAACACCUCCUCGAUGCUCUCAGUGGAGAUGCUUCUGUUUUAUCAGAUGAAUUAAUCGCGUCUAUUACGGAUGUGGUUAACUUAUGGUUGGCAGGUUCUUGUCCAUCUGUUUUGGGGGAUUUUGUGGCUAGUGCUCCUAUCACUCCACUUACCAAGCCUGGUGGUGGUUUGCGUCCGAUUGUAGUGGGCACAAUUUGGAGAAGGCUUGUAUCUAAGUGUGCUGCUUCCUUAGUUGGCAAGGAGAUGAGGUCUUACAUGGGUGAUUUCCAGUUUGGAUUUAGUGUUAAGUGUACUGGAGAGGCGAUUUUACAUGUUGUUAAUCGUGCGUUGGAAGAGAAAUGGAAUCAAGAUAAUUAUUUAAUGUUGUUGGUGGACUUUUAUAAUGCAUUCAAUCUCAUCGAUAGAACUGCAAUGAUUGCUGAGGUACGUAAUUUAUGUCCCUCUAUAUCCCGUUGGGUUGAGUUUUCCUAUGCUUCGCCAGCACGCCUAUACUACACGGAUCAUGUACUUUCUUCAGCUCAAGGGGUUCAACAAGGUGAUCCUCGGGGACCGCUUUCAUUUUCUCUUACUGUCCACCCUCUAAUCUUGAGUAUUGCCAAUCGAUGUGAGCUAGAAGUGCAAGACUGGUACCUUGAAGAUGGUACGGUGAUUGGUGACACUUUGAUGGUCGCAAAAGCUCUUCAGAUCACUCAAGAUGAAGGUGCCGCUAGGGGGCUUUUUCUGAACAUCAGGAAAAUAGAAUUAUUCUGGCCUUCUCCUGAUCCCAGAGCAUCCACAAUAUGUGUUUUCCCGCCAGACAUUAGUAGGCCGGAGAAAGGGGUUAAGCUGCUUGGAGCUCCCGUCAGUCUUGAUGCCCAAUUUAAUGCCGAUAUGGUUGUGAAGAGAGUGCAUAAAAUAGUGGAACUUAUUGAUGCAGUUGAGAAACAUGGAGAUCCACAGUGUGAACUUCUUUUAUUUAGGAAUCUUGCUGGAGUUUCACGCCUAUAA